AAUCUCUCUCUGAGACUCAGAACAGCUCUUAGCAAGCUCCGGCCACGCUGAUCUGCAACCUCAUCUCAAAAGAAGGAAAACAAAAAAAAAAAAACAAACCCUAGUUUCUCUCUCCUCAGGUUUCCAGGAACAACUAAUUCUCAUCCAGAGGCUUUUGCAGGAAGCAAACUCUUGUAUGUCCUGGACUGAUCUUCAUCUGUCUCUGUUUCUGGGGAUUGCUGCAGGAUAUGUAAAAAAUUGUUAAAUAGCAGGAUGAGCAACGACGUUUUUGAUGGACAGUUGUUAGCCGAGAAGUUGUCGAAACUCAACAACUCACAACAAAGCAUAGAGUCACUGUCUCGUUGGUGCAUUUCUCACCGGAAGAAAGCAAAACAGAUUGUUGAAACAUGGGAUAAAUUGUUCAAUUCUUCCCAGAAAGAGCAGUGCGUUUCAUUUUUAUAUUUGGCAAAUGACAUAUUGCAAAACAGUCGAAGAAAGGGAAGCGAGUUUGUAAAUGAAUUCUGGAAAGUCCUUCCUUUAGCUCUCAAGCAUGUUUAUGACAAUGGUGAUGAAUAUGGAAAAAAGGCAGUCUCUAGACUGGUUGACAUAUGGGAAGAAAGGAAAGUUUUUGGAUCUCGGGGUCAAGGUCUUAAAGAUGAAAUGCUGGGUAAGAGUCCUCCUCCAUUGUUGGUGAGCAAUGGAAAGAAUUCCAAUCCCAUAAAGAUAGUGAAGAGGGACUCUCAGUCAGUAAGAAUUAAAUUAUCUAUUGGAGGUAUGCCUGAGAAAAUAGUAACUGCUUUCCAAACUGUUCAUGAUGAACAAGUCAACGAAGAGGCUGUCCUAAAUAAGUGUAAAACUGCUGUCCAACAUGUGGGAAAAUUGGAGGUAGAUGCUGGGAAUACCUCUGGUGAAGGAAAUCAGCAGCGAGCUGCCUUGGUGGAUGAACUAAAGGAGCAGGAAAACAUCCUCCAGCAAUGUGUUGUGCAACUUGAAAGUUCUGAAGCAACUAGGGCUGCGUUGGUCUCUCAGCUUAAAGAAGCACUUCUGGAUCAAGAAUCAAAGCUGGGACUUGUUCGCGCUCAGUUGCAGGUUGCCAGAGGUCGGAUUGAGCAAGCAAGCAAUAUGAGGCAGAGACUAACAUCACCCACUGUUGCCGGCCCCCAAACCAUCCGAAUGAACCCGCAAACAGAAGCCCCAAUGGCUGUAGAACCAAACAUGCCUUCAGUUCAAGCAACCACCACCCCUCCAAAAGCUCUUCUUACCCAACCUGUGAUUUCUUUUGCACCUCUGAAAACUACUGAAGAAGAUAGCAAAAAAGCAGCAGCAGCUGCCGUUGCUGCUAAGCUCGCUGCCUCUACAUCCUCCGCACAGAUGCUUACCUCUGUGCUCUCUUCCCUUGUUGCAGAAGAAGCUGCCUCGAAUGGUGGUUUAAAAUCAUCUGGAUUUGCCUCCAUUUUUAGUCCAGAAAAAAGGCCCAGGCUUGAGAAGCCGAUGCCUGUUUCUGAUGGUAACAAUUCUGAUGCAGGCAGUGCCUCAUAUUUUACCCCUGUACAACAACAAUCAAUGGCCAACAUGCCACUUGCACCCCCAACAAGCGUACCGCCAAUGUCCCAAGCCAACCAGAUGCAAGCUCCAUUCCCUCCACCACCACCUCCCCCACCACCUCUACCCCUGGUGAAUCCACCAGCGAAACAAUACGUCCAAUCCUCCGGUAUGAUGGUCGGAGUGAUGCCCUAUGGGUAUGGUACUACCAGCUUGCCACCUCCACCUCCCAUGCUUUCUCAUGUUCCAAUGGGUUUAUCAGCACCAGCCCCACAACCACCACAGCAGCUACAAUCUCCACAACUGCAGCAGCAGCAGCAGUCACAGCAGCCAGCCACCGGAGGAGGCUAUUACCGGCCACCUGGCAUUGCAUUCUAUGGGCAAAGCCAUCAGCCAACACCACCCCCUGUGCCCAGGCAGUGACCACUCAAAAAUCGAUGCCACCCAGGUCUUCUCUGAUGGGAAAAGCCCAUCAGCCAGCUGCACCUCCCAUUACUUCAGCGGUAAGGUCCUGUGUUAUUCUGUAAAUUAGUAGACAACUCAAAGCAAAGAACAAUAUAAUUCUCUACGAUCCCCCUCCUAAUCUUCAACUGGAAGCUCUUUGACCCCACUAAAACCCAAAAAAAAAAAAGUUAAUCAGAUAGAUAAAUCUUUGUCUUAUAUGUUAAAGUAGCAGAUUUUCAAAUAUAUCUGAGCUUUUACGGGAGAUUCGACUGCUGUAAACACCACAGGAUCCAUGAAGCUUGUGGCUAAAAUUUCAUAGAGAAGCUCUUAAUACACUGUUUAAUUUUCUUAUCGGCUUGUUUGAAUCUUCUGUGCCCUUAUUGAUGUAGCCCAGAAAGUGGUUUCUGUAAAUUUAAACUGUAGGUUCGGUUGGUUUUUUCCUCU